CCCGGCGCCGGCGGUCGCUGCGGAGGGGGGGGAACGUGCUCUUCCGUCGGUUCCUUAACACGGGCGCAGCCGCCCCCAGCAGCUCUCCACCUUCGCCCUGACGCUCUACAAGCACCGUGCUCGGGUGGACGGGCAGGAGGUCCUCGUGGACUUCUGGGACACAGCUGGGCAGGAGAGGUUCCAGAGCAUGCAUGCGUCCUAUUACCACAAGGCUCAUGCCUGUAUCAUGGUGUUUGAUGUGCAGCGGAAAGUCACCUACAGGAACUUGAACAGCUGGUACAAGGAGCUGAGAGAAUUCCGCCCGGAGAUCCCUUGCAUUGUGGUGGCCAACAAAAUUGAUGCGGAUAUGAAGGUAACCCAGAAAAGCUUCAACUUUGCCCGGAAGUUCAGUUUGCCCUUUUACUUUGUGUCUGCUGCGGACGGCACCAACGUAGUGAAGCUCUUCAAUGAUGCCAUCAAACUGGCAGUUGCCUACAAACAGAAUUCAGGAGAUUUCAUGGACGAGGUCAUGCGAGAACUGGAGAGCUUUGACCUGCAGAAGGAGAGUGAGACUUUGUUGGACAAAGAGGAGAGCUGCCCUGAAGAGAAGCCCCCAUCUGCCUAAGCCCCGGACCCCGAGUCUGUUUUUCCCUUUGCUCUAGGCUUCUGGGGCUAGCUAGGGCUGGCCUUCACAGAGGAAAGUGAGUUUUCUCAUGCCCCAGAACUCCAGCGAUGGGCAGUGGGGCCUCUCCCCUUCUUGUGGGAGACUGUCCGGGCACAACACUGCCCGCCAUGCUCAGGGAGAGGGCGAGAGCACCCCACGGCCGUAGUUACCGCAUCCUUCGGGGCAAAGCGUGCCAGGAGAGCUGAGCCAUGCCUGGACUUGCAGCGGAGGGUCCUGCCCAGCUGCUUCAAUGGGACGUACUGGAGAAAAGAAACACUAAAGAAUUUUUUUAUAAAGCUUUAAGCACUUU